GGAUUUAAAGUGCAAAUGAAAUUCGUUGACGACAUCCAAACUUGUAAAGAGUUGUCAACGUGCCUGCCACUGACACUUGCGAGUAAAAUAUGGCUAGGAAAAAAGCUGCUCAAAGGAACGCUAUUUCGAUGCAUAACAGGUUAUUGUAUUUCCCUUGACCUGAAGAACCAAAUUCUCACUACCAAUGUUUGGGUUGAACAUGAUUGGAUGGAUUCGAAAUUGAAUUGGGAUCCGGACGAAUAUGGCGGUGUGGAGCAAUUGAUCGUCCCAUCGGAACUCUUAUGGCUACCAGAUAUUCUUCUCUAUAACAACGCCGAUGGAGAAUACGUCGUGACUACCAUGACCAAAGCGAAACUUCACUAUGACGGCCGCGUCAAAUGGAACCCUCCAGCUAUUUUUAAAUCCUAUUGCGAAAUUGACGUCGAGUGGUUCCCCUUUGACACGCAGACAUGCUUCUUGAAGUUUGGUCCCUGGACUCACAACGGUCUACAGAUGGAUUUGAGACACAUCAACUCUUCCGACAAUCUAGUGGAGAUUGGAAUCAACUUGAAGGACUACUACCCCAGCGUCGAAUGGGACAUCAUCAGCGUGCCGGCCGAACGUCACCAGAGAUAUUACGAAUGCUGUCCCAACGAGUUUUAUCCUGACAUCUUCUUCAACAUGACUCUGCGCCGGAAGACGCUGUUUUAUACCGUCAACUUGAUCAUCCCGUGCGUCGGCAUAUCGUGUCUCUCUAUCCUGGUUUUCUACCUGCCGGCCGACUCUGGCGAGAAGGUGGCGCUCUGCAUUUCCAUCCUACUCUCGCAGACCAUGUUCUUCUUGCUGAUAUCGGAGAUCAUCCCGUCCACGUCGCUGGCCGUCCCUUUGCUCGGCAAGUACCUCCUCUUCACCAUGUUCCUGGUCGGCCUGUCCGUCCUCAUCACCAUCGUCAUCCUCAACAUGCACUACCGCAAACCGUCCACGCACAAGAUGGCGCCCUGGGUACGGCGCAUCUUCAUCCACCGGCUGCCAAAGAUCCUCCUCAUGCGGGUGCCCAAGCGCGUCAACGAGGAAGUCGAGGAGCGCAUGAAGUACAUCGCCAAUAGGCGAUUAAAUUCAAAGGAUGGCAGGAGGUGGUCAAGGCGAGUCAACUACGGUUCGCAAUUGCUUUGCGAAAUCAUCAACUUCAACAAUCUUCCGCCGCCACCAUCGCCUCCCCCUCCGCCUCCUCCACCACCGCCCGUUCCUGCCAACUUGCGUGACAUGGGACAAUUAGGACGUCGCAAACGCUAUCCGCUAGAGCUCCAAAAGGCUGUUCGAGACGUCCAGUUUAUACGCAAUCACAUGAAACGACGUGACGAAUACGAUGCGGAGGAUAAAGAUUGGGGCUUUAUCGCCAUGGUGCUGGAUCGGCUCUUUCUGUGGAUGUACACGAUCGCUUCGGUCAUCGGGUCCUUCGUCAUCUUGCUCACCGCUCCCGCACUUUACGAUGACUCGAGCGAUAUGGCCAUCAAGUACUCGCUCGUCGCCCAGCAGCUCUACGGCAUUCCAGAUUUCUGAAUGGCCGCCUCUUAGCCGACAAUGACUUCCAUCCUCACGCCAAAAAAAAGCACGUCUCGCCCAGACGAUGUCGUAUAUUUUAGCAGGAAAGACUCGCAAUCAAAGUCAAAAACCAUCUUCAAGUCGUUCUCGUUUCACCAUUUAAUUAAUUAGCUUUAAUAUAAAUAUAUAUUGCGUCCCAACACUUUUCAUGUGUUGCCAUCAAACCUACUGUUAUAAUCCCCAACUGGUAACUUUGGGAUAUUUUAUUUUUUGUUUUUUGUUUUUUUUAGUUUUCUAAUUUAGUUUUGUUUUUGUGACCAGAAAAGUCUUCCUACCUUCAACAAAAACAGGCCAAGAAAAAAAAAGAACAGGGCAAACUUUUGAUGUGCGACUCGACUUUCGAAUAGUCUUUCUCUCGUGUGUCGUUCUUGGAAAUUCUCAAUUUAACUUAGGUAAUUACUUUCAUUUUUUUUUUUUUUUUUUUUUGCUAUUUUGUCUGGAACAACCAAUCAUCCAAUCAAGACAGCGCUAGCACAUUUCUUUUUUCAAAGUCUUUUAUUUCAAUCAUUCGUAUAAAGAAAAAUCUCAAUGUUUUAAACUACGAUAAUCACUCAAAGUUAUAGUCUUAUUUCUAUUAUGUAUAUACAUACAUUUAAUAGGCUAUCCUACACACACACACACACAUAGGCUAGUUUUUUCAUUUAAACAUUUACAUGUGUGUGUUUGUGUCCAAAUCCAUAGCGAAAACUAACUUUCAUACCGUGUAUGUUUUUUUUUUAUAGUUAUACAAUUACCAUGAUUGUAUAGUUUCCUAAACGAUUUUCACCAUGGAUGA